AUGUGCAAGAAGUUUUGCGAGGUCUUGCGCAACGAGGAACAUUUACCCAAGUACCUCGACGGCUUCCCAGAACUGCAAAGCAUUGUCGUAUAUGAGCAAAUAGGCAACAUGCUCGCACAGCCGUUUAACAGAUACUCUUGGUCUGGACCGACUUGCAUCGAUCCACCCAAGAAUAUCGCAGACUACAAUGGCUUCCGCCACAGGUGCCUAGGCCAGUUCUUUACCACACCGUUGGCCGGUUUCAUGACAGACGAUACGGCCGACGCAGAAGAUUGUGAGGAUAACGGCCCAGAUGUCGAUGAUGAGGAUGACGGCGAGGAUCCUCUUGGCGCCAAGAAGAAAACUAAAUCCACUCAUACUUGGUAUACCCUAUACUUGUGCCCCAUUGAGAAUUUGAGUUUUGGUCGGGUCAUCUGUGAUGAGGCACACCACAUCAGAAACGCAAAUAACGCGUACAGUCGCCUCAUUGGCCUCAUCCCCCGAGAGACUGUCCUUUUAAUGACGGCAACCCCAACACUCAACCGUCUCAAGGAUAUUGCUGGCGUGUUGAACCAAGUUUGGAAGACAUCCAAACUCUGCAUGGUGGAUGAUGCCAGGGCAAGGUUGAUGAGAGACGACUUUGACAUUCAAGCUGUCAAGCAUACCCAAGAUUCCAGCGACCCGACCAAAGCCUUCUCGCCCUUUGUAGAGGGUACCGCACCUGAGGAGAUUGAGGCACUCGCACCAGACAUGGAGAACAGAACUCCAACCUCUGAUUGGGUCUACCAACAAGCAACCAAGUGCGUGCAGUUUCGGCGCACCAUGCGAGAUGGUGUCAAGGUCGUUUUUCCUGGCGCCGAUGGUGAGGAGCCCGAGGAGAAAAUCUUCUACCCGGGACAAAAUGUCCCUCCUCACGAGAUCAUUAUGGAGGAAUUGGGAUUCAAAGGUCGCACAGGCGAUCAGGUCACACAAAUGACCAGAAUGACCAAUGCACUGCUGUCAAAGCUCAACACAGCGGGAGGUGCUCCAGAGCCUACCCUCCCCGACACUUCAGAUGCUGCGGCCCUAGCAGUACCGGCAGAGGCAGAUGGAAGGGUCGAUAUCACCAUCCACAGGCUCCUCUUGUUGACCUCUUUCGACCUCCAUGUGGCAGACAUAUUUAAUGCCGAAGAUGCCAUUUCUCAGGGCCUAGACCUUGGAGAACUACGCAGAGCGAUGGGCAAAAAGGCCUCAAAACCCUAUGCUGGCCCCCAAAGCACGGUUGAGUCUGAAGGCCUGGCCAGGUUAGGCUGGCAAUAUUUAAGGAAGAGGCCGCCCCAAGUUUCAUCGGAUUACUCGUCUAAGGGCCGUUAUCCAGAUAGUUAG